CUUUAGGGCAUACGCCCGGGAUGCGAGCGGCUGUUCUGCCGGCUGGGACAAGCUGCAGGGGCAAUUGUGUUCACGUGUCUGCCCCAGCCCCUGAGCCGGGCGCGCGCACCGUGGCAUUAACGAGACCAGGCGGCCAGGCCCGCCGCCUCCCACCCUAUCAGACCAAGCAGUAACAUAAAGAAGUCCCAAGAGAUAAGAAGAAAAGAAAAACAGAGACACACAUCAUCGUGCUCUGAAAAUAUUUGUACAAAGGUGAAGCUACCCAGAUACUUGAAGCCUUGUGAGCAGGUGGCUUCCUGGGAACCAUCACUGUGUGCUGUGCCAAUACCCAGUGCUCUGCUCCUGAGUCAUUGCUUUCUUGGUUACAUUUACAUAACUAUUCCAACAUCUAGUUUGGUAAGAAGAAAAGAAAGUUGGGCUUGUUUGUCUCAGUGGGAUUUAACUAAUCCACCUUAAAAUAAUGAUGACAAAAAAGACCAUAUCUGCAAGCAGAGCUUUCCUGAUUCUCUUUCUGUGCCAGAUGAUUACUGCAUUGGAAGUACCUCUUGAUCCAAUACUUCUCAAAGAAUUAUCACAGCCUCCAACAAUAACUCAGCAAUCUCCAAAAGACUACAUUGUUGAUCCUCGAGAGAAUAUUGUAAUACAAUGUGAAGCAAAAGGGAAGCCACCUCCUAGUUUCUCAUGGACCCGUAAUGGAACUCAUUUUGAUAUAGAUAAAGAUGCCCGGGUAACAGUGAAACCAAACUCAGGAACCUUGGUAAUAAACAUUAUGAAUGGCGGAAAGGCAGAAGCAUAUGAAGGAGUAUAUCAGUGUACAGCAAGGAAUGAACGUGGAGCAGCAAUUUCCAAUAACAUUGUUAUACGCUCAUCCAGAUCCCCCUUGUGGACUAAAGAAAAAGUAGAACCAAAACAUGUCAGAGAAGGUGAUCCUCUAGUACUUCACUGCAGCCCUCCAGUAGGCUUACCACCACCUAUAAUAUUUUGGAUGGAUAAUUCUUUCCAGAGGCUGCCUCAAAAUGAAAGAGUUUCCCAAGGUCUAAAUGGAGACCUUUAUUUUUCUAAUGUAAAACCAGAGGACACUCGUGAGGACUAUAUUUGUUAUGCGAGAUUUAAUCACACUCAGACUAUACAGCAGAAGCAACCUAUUUCUGUGAAGGUGUUUUCAAUGGAUUCAUUGAAUGAAACUAUAUCUGCUAAUUUGAGUGGCACUGAUUUUUAUGGUGCCAAGCCAUUGACAGAGAGACGACCAACUCUUCUAACUCCAGUGGGGAGCACAAGUAAUAAAGUGGAACUAAGGGGAAAUGUACUUUUGCUGGAGUGCAUUGCAGAAGGAUUACCCACACCAGUUAUCCGCUGGAUUAAAGAAGGUGGAGAACUGCCCAUCAACAGAACAUUUUUUGAAAAUUUUAAAAAAACUCUCAAAAUCAUAGAGGUUUCUGAAGCUGAUUCUGGAAAAUACAAAUGUGUAGCAAGAAAUCCAUUAGGUUCCACUCACCAUACCAUUACAGUAACUGUCAAAGCUGCUCCAUACUGGAUCACAGCACCUAGAAACCUUGUGUUGUCUCCUGGAGAGGAUGGAACCCUGAUCUGCAGAGCUAAUGGCAACCCCAAACCUAAUAUUAGCUGGCUAACAAAUGGUGUGCCCAUAGCAAUUGCCCCGGAAGAUCCUAGCAGAAAAGUGGAUGGUGAUACCAUUAUUUUCUCUGAUGUGCAAGAAAGAUCAAGUGCUGUUUAUCAAUGCAAUGCCUCUAAUGAAUAUGGAUACUUGCUGGCAAAUGCAUUUGUGAAUGUUUUGGCUGAGCCACCAAGAAUUCUGACUCCUGCUAAUAAAUUAUAUCAAGUCAUUGCAAACAAUCCUGCGUUGCUAGAUUGUGCUUUUUUUGGUUCACCUGUGCCUGAAAUUGAAUGGUUUAAGGGAGUAAAAGGGAGCAUCCUGCGCGGAGAUCUUUAUGUUUUCCAUGACAAUGGAACUCUGGAAAUUCCUGUGGCACAAAAGGAUAGUACUGGCACAUAUACCUGUGUAGCAAGGAAUAAAUUAGGAAAGGUACAAAAUGAGGUCCAUCUAGAAGUCAAAGAUCCAACAAUGAUUAUUAAACAGCCUGAAUACAAAAUCAUUCAAAGGGGUGGCCAGGUUUCCUUUGAGUGUACUAUAAAGCACGAUCCUACCUUAAUACCAACUAUUACGUGGGUGAAGGAUAAUGGUGAACUGCCAGAUGAUGAAAGGUUUAUUAUUCAUAAAGAUAGUUUGGCCAUCAUGAAUGUAACUGAUAAGGAUGAUGGAACCUAUACAUGUGUAGCAAAUACUACGUUGGACAGCGUUUCUGCAAGUGCCGUACUCACUGUUGUUGCUGCUACCCCAACUCCAGCUAUCAUUUACGAUCGUCCAAAUCCACCCUUUGAUUUAGAAUUAACAGAUCAGCUAGAAAGAAGCAUACAGCUGUCCUGGAUACCAGGAUAUGACAAUAACAGCCCCAUUACAAAUUUUGUCAUUGAAUAUGAAGAUGGAAUGCAUGAACCAGGGGUAUGGCAUUACCAGACAGAAGUCCGUGGGACUCAGACAACUGUACAGUUAAAGCUGUCUCCAUAUGUUAACUAUUCAUUCCGUGUAAUAGCUGUCAAUGAGAUUGGUAGAAGUCAGCCAAGUGAAGCAUCUGAACAAUACCUAACAAAAGCUGCAAAGCCAGAUGAAAAUCCUUCCGGUGUUCAAGGGAUAGGAUCAGAACCCGAUAAUUUGGUGAUUAUAUGGGAGCCUUUAAAAGGUUUUCAGUCCAAUGGACCGGGUCUUCAAUACAAAGUCAGUUGGCGUCAGAAAGAUGUUGGUGAUGAGUGGACUUCUGUUAUAGUUGCAAAUGUUUCAAAAUAUAUUGUAUCUGGAACACCAACCUUUGUUCCAUAUGAGAUAAAAGUACAGGCUUUAAAUGACUUAGGAUAUGCACCAGAACCUGCAGAGGUGAUUGGACAUUCUGGGGAAGACUUACCAAUGGUUGCUCCAGGCAACGUGCAGGUGCACAUUGUUAACAGCACAUUAGCCAAGGUGCACUGGGACCCCGUUCCACUAAAAACUGUCCGAGGACGCCUUCAAGGAUACAGGAUUUACUACUGGAAAGUACAGAGUUUAUCUAAAAGAAGGCGGCGGCAUGUGGAGAAAAAGAUUCUGACAUUCAGUGGAAACAAGACACAUGGAAUGUUGCCGGGACUGGAGCCUUAUAGUUCUUACAAGCUGAAUGUUAGAGUUGUUAAUGGUAAAGGGGAAGGACCAGCAAGCCCUGACAAAUUAUUUAAGACUCCUGAAGGAGUUCCUAGCUCACCUUCCUUUCUGAAGAUUACUAAUCCAACACUGGACUCUCUCACUUUGGAAUGGGGUCUACCUACUCACCCAAAUGGUGUUUUGAUAGCGUAUACACUAAAGUUUCAACCAAUUAACAGCACUCAUGAAUUCGGCCCCUUGGUAGAGAUCAGAAUUCCUGCAAACGAGACCAGCUUGAUAUUAAGUAAUUUAAAUUACAGCACACGAUACAAGUUUUACUUUUAUGCACAAACAUCAGUUGGAGCUGGAAGUCAAAUAACUGAGGAAGCAGUAACAAUUAUGGAUGAAGGUAAGAUGGUGCGACCAGUUUAUCCAAGGAUCAGAAAUGUUACUGCAUCUGCUGCUGAGACCUAUGCCAAUAUCAGUUGGGAGUAUGAGGGACCAGAUCAUGUGAACUUUUAUGUUGAAUAUGGUGUAGCAGGCAGCAAAGAAGAUUGGAAAAAAGACAUUGUAAAUGGUUCUCGGAGCUUCUUUGUGUUAAAGGGUUUAACACCAGGAACGUCAUAUAAAGUCCGGGUUGGUGCUGAGGGUCUGUCUGGUUUUGUGAGUUCAGAGGAUGUGUUUGAGACAGGUCCAGCAAUGGCAAGCCGGCAGGUUGACAUUGCUACUCAAGGAUGGUUCAUUGGUCUUAUGUGUGCUGUUGCUCUUCUUAUCUUGAUUUUGCUGAUUGUUUGCUUCAUAAGGAGGAAUAAGGGUGGCAAAUAUCCAGUGAAGGAAAAGGAAGAUGCACAUGCUGAUCCAGAAAUACAGCCUAUGAAAGAAGAUGACGGAACAUUUGGUGAAUACAGUGACGCAGAGGAUCAUAAACCCCUAAAGAAAGGAAGCCGAACACCUUCAGACAGGACUGUGAAAAAGGAGGACAGUGAUGAUAGUUUAGUUGACUAUGGCGAAGGUGUAAACGGUCAGUUCAAUGAGGAUGGCUCCUUUAUUGGACAAUACAGUGGUAAAAAAGAGAAAGAACCUGCAGAAGGAAAUGAAAGUUCUGAGGCUCCUUCUCCUGUCAAUGCCAUGAAUUCCUUUGUUUAAUCAAGAAACUCAAUUCCCUUCCUACAAUAUUUUCCAUUGUGUUUAAAGCACUUGUGCAUCCUCCUUCUCAUACUAAGAACAUACAGGUGACAAAGCUCCUAGCAACAAGAUGUUUAUACUAUGAGAACAUAUAGGUCAAUACAGUUACACACUAUAAAAACACAAUAAGUGAUGUGUUAGUGUGAAUCAAAGUGCAAAACUCAAAAAUUUUGCUCUGAAUUUGAGUAUUUUUGCUUUUUUUAAAAAGAAACUGACAAAAAUAAUAUAACAUCAUCUGAUAAUGUUAUUUCCUGUCGAAAAUACAGUAUAAUGCAUGAAAAAUGCUACACAUUUCACAGAUAAACCUGUGUAUGCUAUUAAAAUCUGGUUUGAUGCUUUGUUAUGCAGUCCUCAGCUGAAUCCCUGGAUAUGAAUUCCGUUUUCAUUGUCAGAGUGUUAUAGUAGUGUUAUAUAGAACUUCAAUGUCUUUGUGGACAUUGUUGUGAAAUUGGUGACUUAAUGUCUAGCUAUCAUAUGUCUUUUUGCAAGACAGUUAGGAACAGUAUGUAUGGUAUAUAAUUGCUAAAUGAUUUAAUUAUGACACUUGCAUUUGCUGAUGCUUACUGAGACCCUGUUAUCUGCUCUUUGUUCCUAUUACUUUAUAGCCUUCCUAAUCUAUCAAGUAUUACAGCACUACAGUGUUCCAUUUUUACAUCGUGUAUAUGUUGGAUUGCUUUUAAGACAUAAAACAAUAUCCGUUGCAAUGCAUUUUGGAAUUUGUACAGUCACUGAAGUGAAAUUUUAAAAUGAGACAAAAUAUUCCAGAAGACACAGGGCAAAAUACAUUCAGUGCCUUUAUAGAAUAUGCAUUCCAUAAUGCACUGUACUGCUAAGUUGGUGCAAUAAACUGUGAUUAGUGAACUACUAUCAUUGCCAAACAAAGUAACUGGUAAAAAGCAGAGAUGUUAUGAAACUAUUGAGCUGCAAAAUGCAAGGUUUAACAUUUUUUAAAUUACACAAAGCACAAUAUGAUUUUUUUCCUUGAAGAUAAAAUAACAGCUUUUAGACAAUUAGAGCACAACGUGAUGUCAUGGCCUUCCACGGUUUAUACACAAAUGGCUGAAUUCAGAUAUUUUACUAAUGCUGCAAAAACCUAAAACUCUCUUGCAAAAUAUGUUAAAAAAUACCAUGCCAGCAACAGCACAUUUUCCUCUGAGUCAUUGCUUGACCCAUGUGGCAGCUUUUGAAAUUAUCUACAGCAUGAAAGCAGUGUGUAGAUUACUGCUCAGAACCACAAAAUUCAAGGAAUCUGACAAAUGCUAACAAGGUUUAGUGGUAAAGGAUUACUGUUAUCAGUUACAAAAAUAUUCUCUCACAUACUAUAUCAAUCAAACGGUUUACCUCCAAAUAUGAAAUUUUAUAACAACCUAUGGUUGAAGGAAUGCUCAGUUUCAUUUGCCAAUAAAUUGGUUUUUCAUAACUUGCAUCAAGUUUAAUUUUAAGUAUGCUUUUUAUAUGUAGAUAUUUGUUGAAUUUGUAAAUACACUUAAAGUGUAGAUGCUAUAUGCUUCUAGGUGUUACAAACAAAUAAACAAAACAAAAAAAGCCUAUGUUGUACUGUGUAAGAAGUACUACAGCCAAUGGAGUGCUUGGUAUUUUAAAGCAUCUACUUAAAUAUAUAUUUUUUGCUGUGAAAAUGAAAUAGUGAACUGUUCUACUUAUUUACUGAAGAUUUCUAGAUAUUAUCUUAAGAGCUUGUGUCUGUGGAUUACAUUAGACCAUAGUACACCUUGCAGCUUUUAUGUAUGUAUUGUAGGUAAAGCACAAUUUGAAGUAAUCACAAAUGGAAGUCAGAUGUUCAAGCUUCUUUUGCACCAUUAGCUUUCCAUAAUCCAUUUUCCUUAUGGAAACAAAAAAAAAAAUGACCUAUAUAACACUGAUUACAAAGCACAAAGAGAGUUUCUUAAUAAGAUUUCCCAAUGGUAUUGGUAACAAUGAAGUGAAAUUUUACUCUUCUUUAAUUGUAGAUGCUGAAUUUAUCUGUGCAUGUAAGAGUACACAUACAGGCUCACUUCUGUAAUAGUGCAACAGAUUUUGUAUUAAAAAUAAAUGUGGUUUUAAAAUUUCA